AUGUCUGAAUCCAAUGUCACCUUUCAACCCUCUCUCUUCAUCCUCACUGGCCUCCGAGGGCUAGCGGGUGCCCGCCUGUGGCUAGGCCCACUCCUGAGCCUGAUGUACGUGACGACAAUGGCAGGGAACUGCACAGUCAUUUACUUAGUGAGGACUGAACGCAGUCUGCAGGAGCCCCAGUACCAUUUUUUAUCUAUGCUGGCCGGAGCUGACAUUGUCUUGUCUGUCUCCACGCUUUUCUCUGUGCUAAAAGUCUUUAUCUUUGAUCUUUAUGAAAUUGCAUUUGAUAGUUGCCUCACUCAGCUCUUCUUCAUCCAUACAUCAUCCUCCGUGGGCUCAGGAAUCCUGUUAGCCAUGGCUUUUGACCGCUUUGUGGCCAUCAGUCAUCCCCUGCAAUACACUACGAUACUCACCAACCCACGAGUCACCAAGAUGGGACUGGCAGCCUUUCUAAGGGGUGUCGCGCUCAUGACGCCCUUACCUAUACUGCUCAAGAGACUACCAUUCUGCAAGGGGCAGACGCUGUCCUAUUCCUACUGCAUCCACCCAAAUGUCAUGAAACUGGCUUGUGGUCAAGUCAAAAUCAAUAUUUUCUACGGACUUGUUUUGGUUAUACUUUCCUUCGGGGUAGACUUUCUGCUCAUAGCCAUUUCGUAUGCUCUGAUAUUUAAAGCAGUCCUGGGGAUUGCCUCCAGAGAGGGGCAGAUGAAGGCACUCAACACUUGUUUAUCUCAUAUCUUUAUCGUCUUUAUUUACUAUGGCCCUUUGCUGGCAAUAACUGUAAUGCAUCGAAUCAGCCAGAGAAGUUCUCCAAUAGCACACGCAGUCCUGGGCAAUAUAUAUCUCUUCAUGCCCCCAAUGCUUAACCCAAUUGUGUAUAGCCUGAAGACCAAGCAGAUUCGUUCUGCCCUGAGAAAAUCUUUGAAGAUCCAGAUUAGAUGA